CGCUCAUAUCCGGGUCCCAGGGCGGCUCUCCCCGGCCGCGCUCGGCCGCGCUCGGCCGCGCAGUGAGGCAGAGGCGGACGGGGCAGGGCAGGGCAAGGCAGGGCAGGGCAGGGCAGGGCGGCCGCCCGCCCGCCUGCUCGCCCGCCCGGAGGUGGCCGCAGCGGCGGGGGGGACGGCGAGCGCAGCAUGCCCGUCGCCUCAGACGCGCCUGCCUCCUGCCGCCGCUACCCAUGGAGAUCGCGCUGGUGACUCUGGAGAACGGCGGCACCACGGCCAUCGCGGUCGGCGAGGAUGCGGCGGCCGGCAGUGGCGGCAGCGUCUGGGCUCGGCGGCGGGGCGGCGUGCUCCACAUCGCCGGCUCCGCCGCCGCCACGCCGCGGCUGAGCGACGGCAGGGAGGGCGCCCCGCCGCCGCCGCUGCCGGCGGACGAGGAGCGGGAACGGCCCCCGCCGGCCCCCCGGGGAGGCGGCGGGAGGCGGCGCAGCGGCAACGCGGGCAGCCCCAACGGCCGGGCGGCAGCGCGCGGAGCGCCACCGCCGCCCCAACCGCCGCCCCAACCGCCGCCCCAACCGCCGCCCCAACCGCCGCCCCAACCGCCGCCCCAACCGCCGCCCCAACCGCCGCCCCAACCGCCGCCGCGCGCCCCGCGCUCCGGCCCGGCGGCGGAGAUGGGCCCCCUGGAGGAAGGGUGGCACCGCCGGGGCAUGGCCAUGGCGGCGGCGGGCGAGGAGGAGGAGGAAGAGGCAGCGGCGGCGAACCGGGGCGUCAUGCACCACCAGCGGGUGCUGAUCAACAUCUCGGGGCUGCGCUUCGAGACCCAGCUGGGUACCCUCAACCAGUUCCCCGACACGCUGCUGGGGGACCCGGAUAAACGCAUGCGCUACUUCGACCCGCUCCGCAACGAGUACUUCUUCGACCGCAACCGACCCAGCUUCGACGGGAUCCUCUACUUCUACCAGUCUGGGGGCAAGCUCCGCCGGCCUGUCAAUGUCUCCAUCGAUGUCUUCGCUGAUGAGAUACGCUUCUACCAGCUGGGUGAGGAGGCCAUGGAGCGCUUCCGGGAAGAUGAGGGCUUCAUCAAAGAGGAGGAGAAGCCCCUGCCCCGCAACGAGUUCCAGCGCCAGGUCUGGCUCAUCUUUGAGUACCCCGAGAGCUCAGGCUCAGCUCGAGCCAUUGCCAUCGUUUCUGUGUUGGUCAUCCUCAUCUCCAUCAUCACCUUCUGCCUGGAGACACUGCCAGAAUUCAGGGACGAGAGGGAGAUGCCCGUGCCCCUACCCCCACAAAGUGGAGGUUUGAAUGGCACAACUGGGGACUCCCCACCCAUGCAGCCACCCAGUAGCCUCUCUGACCCCUUCUUCAUCAUCGAGACCACCUGUGUGAUCUGGUUCACCUUUGAGCUCCUCGUCCGCUUCUUCGCAUGCCCCAGCAAGCCUGAGUUCUCCCGCAACAUCAUGAACAUUAUCGACAUUGUGGCCAUCAUCCCCUACUUCAUCACCCUGGGCACCGAGCUGGUCCAAGAGCAGCAGCAGCCUGGGGCUGGCAGUAGCAAUGGGGGCGGGGGCCAGCAGCAAGCCAUGUCCCUGGCCAUCCUCAGAGUCAUUCGCCUGGUCAGAGUCUUCAGGAUCUUCAAGCUCUCCAGGCACUCCAAAGGUCUGCAGAUCUUGGGACAGACUUUGAAAGCCAGCAUGAGGGAGCUCGGCCUCCUCAUCUUCUUCCUCUUCAUCGGGGUCAUCCUCUUCUCCAGCGCUGUCUACUUUGCUGAGGCUGAUGACCCCGAGUCUCAUUUCUCCAGCAUCCCUGAUGCUUUCUGGUGGGCAGUGGUAACCAUGACCACUGUGGGCUAUGGGGACAUGCGACCUGUCACCGUGGGGGGCAAGAUUGUGGGUUCCUUGUGUGCCAUCGCAGGUGUGCUCACCAUUGCCCUGCCUGUCCCUGUCAUUGUAUCCAACUUCAACUACUUCUACCACCGAGAGACUGAUCAUGAAGAGCAAGCUGUCCUCAAGGAUGAACACAGUAGUGCUCAGAGCAGCACAGCGGGGGCAGAUGAGAAGAGAAGAUCCAGUAAAAUCUCUCUGAACAAAUCUGUUGUGCACUUGGAAAAUAGUGAGGGGUUCAACAAUGGCACCAGCUCCUUAGAGAAAACCAAUAUCAAAGCAAAAAGUAACGUAGAUCUGAGAAAAUCCCUCUAUGCUCUCUGUCUGGACACCAGUAGGGAAACAGACCUGUAAGGAGAGGAGACGGAGUUCAGAGAUGCAGAAGGAUUUGCUGGUGUUGGAAACUUAUUGCUAUAAUGAUUCUUUUGGUACCAACUAGUUUUUUAAAUCAGGCUAUAUUUUAUAAAUUGAUCACUGUCCUGAGUAGUCCUCCAGAAAUACAUGUUUUUAUGUUCUUUUUCCAUGACACAAAGGGUCACCUAUUUUUAAAAUAGACUAAGAAUAAGCUACGCUCCAUGAUGCAGGGGCUGGUGAAUUAUGACAGUGCAAAAUCUAAUUUGUAGAAACUUAUUUUAGCAAAUGGUGGUUGGUUUUAAAUGGGUCAUUUGUAACCAAUUCAGUUGCUCCAAGUUUAGUAUUAAAAGAGUUGGGGGACGUGUGUGUGGAGAAUGAAUGGGUGGGGUUGGGGAGGGAGAGUGAGGUUUUUUGUACUGUAGUUUCAAACUGAAAUUAUUCCAAUAUAUUUUAUAUCUGUAUAACUGUAUUUAUGGUUGAAAGGGGAUUUCUUAUUCCUGUGAAAUACAACAUCUUUAAAGCACUAGGAACAUUAGCAGAUCAGCACUUUCAGUUUUCCACUUGUGAUCAGUAUGGAUCUGGUUAUCUAGUAUGUGAAGUGAAUUUGGUGCUUUUAACCUUAUAGCAGAAAACUUUAAUUGUCAUAGAUAUGUUCGUUUCUUGUGAGCCUUAAAUUAUUAAAAAUUGUAGAUAUACUUCUUUAUAAAUAACUUUAUUAAUUAGCUUACUGUUUCAGAAUUUCUAAAUAAUUCAGUCCUGUGCUUACUGUCCCCACUCAAAAAAAUGUACGUGCAGCUUUUUUUUUUUUUUUUUUUUUGUAGUUUUACAGUUUUAUACCUUCGGUAUAUUUUUGAGACCAAAAGAAAAAAAUUGUCUGCUGUUACUGGUUUUGAUCCAAGUGCACAACAGAUCAAAAACACAAGGGUGUGGGUAGAUACAAGAAAGUAGAAUAUGAGUGCAGUAUCUGCAAAACUAUUUUCACUGUACACUCCAGAUUACUUUUGCGUAUCAGUCACCUUUAUGUAUCCAUACUAUUUGUGUACACAGUUCACUGUUUUUAAUUAUCACAGACGGGAAAUGGACGGCACUUAAAGAGUCUAAUAUGGCAUGCUGUGCUACUUAAGUAACCAUUGUGUGGCUUAUAUCUUGGACUCAGAUGGAAGGCAUCACCUUUCAUGAAAACACAUCCUUGUUUUCUUUCGUUUCCAAACAAAACCUCUGAAAGGUGGAUUUUACAGUCAAGAUGUUGUUGAAAGAUGAAUGACACAUCUUCAUUGUGAUAACACAGCACUGUGCAGCCUCCUAGCGAAGACUUACGUGAAGUUGCUUCUUUACUUUAAAUCAAAGAGCUGUGUUAUCAUUUUCUUUGCAAAGGACACCUCUGUUUUCCCCUCAGACUUCUGUUUUAUUGCUGAAGGAUGUUUUCAUGCCUUUACCACAUACAAUGGCACAGUGAGACUAGCAGAAAGAGAAGUCUUGAUUGUCAACGCUCAAGGUUUGUUUCUAACAAAUUUCCUAAUACAACUAAGUAAAUAGUAAAUCAAGAAUAUAAUUUAUGCAAGUACCUCAGAUAUAUGUACUGUGAUAAACUUAAAUCAGCUUUGUAAAGCCAUGCUUUGACAUUCUCUCAUCUGGACACAAAUUCUGCUUACCUGUCACUUACCAUGCCAUUUAAUGAUAAUGGCCAAAUGCAUGAUGUUUUUCCUUCCUAUUCAGUAAAACGAGCAUGGUAAGUGCCAAGCAAGUAGUAUUUUUCAUGUCACACAGAGCUCAGCCCAAAACCCAGGGGUGAGGGGGAAGGAGGUUGGAUGUAAUAGAGAACAGGAUCUUUCACGUUAAUUGUAGAUGUUGGUUUCUUGGUUGGUUUGCUUGUUUAUUUAGAUGCGGGACGAUGAUGUGGUGUGCUGAGAAACCCUCUGCAACAAAACUGGCAAAGUGCUUCAGUCUGGCUGCAUUUCAGACACAGGCAUAUCUCCUGUUCGCUCUAGUGAGAGUUUUUGCAUCCAGGUGAAGUGCAGAAUUAGCCCUUUGGUGAGACUGAAUCUAAGAUGAAACAAAGUGGUGUAAUUGCCUGUUACACAUGCUGAGAUCUAGAUCAUUGAUGGACUUAACAGUGAAGGUUUUUGCUCAGGAAAUAGUUUGAUUUACUUUCAGUGACUAAAUCCAUGUGACUCACCUGAAUAAGUACCAAAAAAUACAGUGAGUCUUUCAGGAUCAAAUUCUGGUUGUGUCUUCCUCUAAUUACUAUCCCCACCUUCCUGAUCACUUUUGUCUUCCAUAGUUUGCUCUUCCAAUUGCGCAUUGUGCUGAAUUAGACUGUCAGCUCCUCAGACCAGGGGUUAUGUCUGUAUUUAGUCCCUUGUUAAACAGUGGAACCCUGCUUAUGUCCAGGUCUUCUUGAUACUAUAUGAUCUGAAUUACAUAGCGGCAAUUAUUGCAAUUAAUGGAGUAACACUGGUGAAAAACUGAUGUAGGUGAAUGCAAAUCAGGGCUAUGGGGAAGG